GGUGGUAGUCACCGUCACCCAACUGGUCACACCACCGUCGGCAUACUGACUGCUGGGAUGAAGCUCGCCACCGGAGAUCUACCCAGAUUGCUACAAAUCUGAGAUCACUCACAGUCUCGGCGAUAACUCGUAGAAACGACCCGUUGCCAUUGUUGAGUUUCUAAGAAGAGGGAGUAAAGAGGGGCGUUGCCAAAAUGAUGGAAGAAAUCGAUAGAUUUCAGGUUCCGAGUGUCGUGCAGGAGGCGGAGAUGCAGGCUGAGAUGCAGCCGCUGGACCCAGCUUCAUCCACAGCCUCAGAGGCAGACUCAGACAACAGAGAGGGGGAACCUGUCACUAUCAACUACAAGCCCUCACCAUUGCAGAUGAAAAUAGAGAAACAGAGAGAGCUGGCUAGGAAGGGCUCGCUGAAGAACGGCAACGCUGUAGGUAGUCCGGUCAACCAGCAGCCAAAGAAGAACAACGUCAUGGCAAGAACAAGGUUGGUAGUGCCCAAUAAAGGCUAUUCCUCUUUAGACCAGAGCCCAGAUGAGAAGCCCUUGGUGGCCCUAGACACUGACAGUGAUGAUGAUUUUGACAUGUCUAGAUACUCAUCGUCGGGAUACUCCUCUGCUGAGCAAAUCAAUCAGGAUCUGAACAUCCAGCUGCUGAAAGAUGGCUACCGCCUAGAUGAGAUCCCGGACGAUGAGGACCUGGAUUUGAUCCCACCCAAAUCAGUCAACCCUACCUGCAUGUGCUGCCAGGCAACCUCGUCUACCACCUGUCAAAUACAGUAACCCCAGCCCUCUGACCUUCUGACCCCACCCCUUUCCAUACAACAUAACCCCCAAUCUUCACCCGCUGUGAGUUUACUGCGCCGGCAGAAUGGUGACAGUGAAGCAUUGGAAGAACAUUAUGAUGACAGUUAAGUGCUAUGAUAAUAAAGACAAUGAAACUAACAUAUAGAAACAUUGGUUUAAAAUCUAGGAGAAAGAACAAAUGUGAUAAUAUUCAGUAUGUAUUUAAGAUAAGAGUAAAACUGGUGGUUUCCUCCUAUGGUAGGACGUGCACUUGUGUGUGAUAGCCCGUCUCCUGGUGCACAUGAUGUAACAUAACACAGUGGUACUAGUGGACAAACAAAUGAUGCUGUAAAAUGAUUUCACUGGUUUUGAAGAAUAAGAAACAAUACCAUAACUGCUGACUCAACUGUUUAACUACAUUUUGGAUUGCAUUUUGCAGGUUCGUUGUUUUAAUUAUUAUUUAAAUGCUUACUGUUUUUUUUUUGUUUGUUUGUUUUUUACAACCUGAGGGAUCAGUAUGAUUUUAUGUGUUGACUUGGAGAUAUUUGAAAAGGAGUGCAGUCUUAGCACCACAAAUAGAGGAUAUCUGGUACUGUAUUCAUUGUACUGUACAGGGUUGUUAUGUAGCACAGGCCUGGCCAAUGCACAGCACCUUCAACAUGUUUGCGUUCCUUGCCCUACAGUGUACAGGCUUGGGAUAUUUCGUUACAGAGUUUAGGGAUGAAUGUAUGAACAUGAACGGCUAAGGAAAGAAUCGCAUGAAGAGCACCAGACUGGAUAAGUGAAUGGAAAAUAAUAAGUAAGUAGCUUGUUGCACAUUUGAUAUUUGUCCCAUUUCUGUUGGGCAAUCACAUGCUGCUGUUGUGGCAUUAACUUGACUUGUAUUGUUUUGAAUUUGAGCUUUUUUUGUCAUUCUUUGGGCCCAUAUCUGUGUACUUUCUCCUCUAUAGCAGUGAGAGUGUCUUAUCUGCAAUGAACUGUGUCAAAAGGGAAGAUUACAUAUCAUUACACUGACCCUCUAACACAUGAUGCCCAUGCUAUCAAGGCCAAAGGGACUUGGUGGGGGCUUUAGAUUGACUUUUCAGCAUUGUCUGUUACAUUGCCCACCGCGGUAUAUCUUCUUGAUGUCACAGAACCUGAUGAUCACUGGAUACUCCCCUCCUCAUUUCUAUCGUCACACCACAGAUCAUUAAGGGAGCAGACAGGUUCAGACACCAGAAGGAUUGAACCUAUCUUCUCUCUCUCUGUCUCACACAAACGCGCGCGCGCGCGCACACACACACACACACACACACACACUACAUAUAUAUGCAUAUGCAUGCAUACAAUACAAUGCCAAACUAAAGAGUGAGAUGACAUCUAUUUGUCAAUAGGUAGGAAAUUGUUUACCGACUACAACAACAUCGAUUGUUGACUCGGAGCACCAAUAUCCUUCAUUUAUGACCCUUGUAUCAGUUGAUUAUUUGCAAUUAAAGUAUGCCUUAAGUACAGAGAAAUUUAAAAGAUGUGUAUAUUUGUUCCUAUCUUGAGCAUUUAGUUUAUUUGAAGAACAUUAGCUGUCUGUGAAGUUAUGCAUUUUUUUUUUUAUUUUAUUUAGACAUGUGUGAUUGUUUUUCUUUGGUUUUCCUUUUUAUAAACCAUUUUCUUGUAUUGUAAACACUUCCAUUACAGUAUUUAACAAUUGUAUUGUUAUGUGCGGUGUAUGAAAACAAC